GGGGGGGGGUUUAGUAGUAUAUAUUCUGAUUGUGUGAGAAAAUUGCGUCUCUUUCAAUGCUUUAAAAGAAGACUGAUCGAAUUAGGAAACAUUUCAAACGCAAAGAUCGUCAAAAGCCACAAAAAAGUCCCCGAAAAUGCCCGAUCGAUGUCUUAGUUAUUUAAAGGGUUCGCGAGUGGAGUGCGGGGCAAGCCAAAUGCAUUUUAGAUUUCUGCAAGGUAAUGAGAUAAUGCUUUGGCUGCCGGAAUGAGAGCGCUGAAUUUUUAGAGACCGCGUCAGUGCAUUUUAAACAUAGCCGUCGUUAGAAAAAAAAAUGUUAUUAAAAGUAAAGUUAGAGAUACCUCGGAAAGAUUAGUAAUUGGUAUGGGCUUCUAUUACGUCCGUAAGCUCAGCAGCGAAGGGACGAGCUUUUGAUUGGAGACGGGCUUCGAAUCCAACAUGGACCUCUAUUCUGUGGGGGGGAUUAUGAGAAACUUUUAUCUUUAUAAGUCUCAAAGUAUUUACUGUAACUAUGACAUGAAGAAACAGAUUUUGUAUUGCUUUCGGUACUCUCAGCGAUCUGCCCCGGUUUAGGAAUUCGAUUAAAAGUUAUAUCGACGCAGAAUCUUAAAGGCACUAAUAUAGAUAUUUUUCACUAUCAUAACGAAUCUUGUGGAUUAUUUCCCACAAAAGCAUGAUUGACUGCGAGAAAAAAGUAGAAGAAUCUGAUUAGUUCUGCUAUCAACCGCACGAUUUCUUAAUAAGGGAAAAAUCUUUCACUUCGACAAUAUGAAUUUCGAGUUCGUCCAGGAAAAUUUUUUAAGUGCGUUUUAUGCACUUUUCCAACAAAGUAUAUAUACAUGUUAAUAUGUAAUUUGUUGAAAAAAUAUAGUGUCUUUAGCUGUUGAAAACUGGUGAAAAUGUGCUGCUAGUUGUCUGUACAGAACGAAAGACUUUUAUUUCUCAAUUAAACUUCUAAAAAAUUUCUGUUGGAUAAGUCGUGUUAUUAUAAAAUUAUAUCCUUUCGGCGUUUUUUCUUUCAGACCAACAAGCAGAUAAUGGUGGCUCGGACGAGGAGCAAAAACAGGACACCAGUUCGGAUGACGAAGAAGAAAGCGAGGAAGAGACAGAAGGUGAAGAAGAAGGAAGGGGCCGAUCGGGUGUUCGUGUGUACGGAGAAAAUCGGAAGUAUAUUGACGGUCAGGACUAUGCAGCUGAUCAACCUUUAAAAGGAGCGACAUUAACUGGUACACUCUCAACACAUACAACUCAUGUUCCCUACGAACGUGCGCAUGGCAGACGUAUUGUUAAAUAUAAAUUAGAGUCUGGUUCAAAUCGAGUUCCAUAUGUACGCGCUGUGAUCAGUAGCGAACAUUUAGGACAUGGAGAGCCUAGAGCAGUGACCUCUGAAGGAAGAGUUUGCGUCCGUCUUAUACGUCAGCUAGCAAGUCGUGAUGAUAUCGGACAUAUCGUCGGCGCUCGAUUGGGUGGUCCCCUUCGUCUACACAAUGUCUUUCCACAGAAUCCAAGUGUAAACAGAGGUAUCUGGCGACAAGAGUACGAAGCUCCCAUGCACAGUUGGGUAUCACAAGGCAGCUGUUUCACAGUUGAUUUUCAAGUACGUUUCCUCUACGAAGAUGAAUCGACUCCAGAUCGUCCUAGUUCUAUGCUUGUUCUCAUUAAAUUUCUUCAUGAUGGGCGACUGGCAACAACAAAAGAAGUAUGGCAGGUUCUUGGCGGAAGAGAUAGUAUUGUCGAACCAAUAAUUUUCGAUCAAGUUCCGAAUCCGCCAUCCUACGUGUCAUUUAGAAGGGAAGGCGAAGAAGACUACGAAGAAACUACGAAGAAUACUAAAUCCUGA